AUGUCGGUCCAAGUCAAUGGUCAUAAGGGCGAACAUACCAAAGACCCGAUAUCCCUAACCACACCAAAGAAAAGGAAACACGACGCAGAAUCCAAAGAGUCCUCCAAGAAGAAGAAGCGGCAACGCACAGGUCAUGCCGAGUCUCCGGCCGCAGCUACACCUCCGGUUGAAGAUGGAUUAGAAGAAGACAAGAAGAACAAAAAAGACAAGAAACUCAGAAAGGAGAAGAAGGAGAAGAAGCGGAGAGCAAAAGAGACGGAGCUUUCAGAAAAUGAGACGGACCCAGAACCCCCUGUAACGGAUGAGGAUGUCAACUUUGUGGACGCACCAGAGGAACAACAGCAGGACGAAGAUGCUAUCGAAUUUCCGACUGCGGCCGAAGGUAAUGGUCUUGCAGGUGCAGAUGUGGAACAGGUGAUCGAAGGCUUGCUGGAGUCGGAAGAUCCGACCAGCUUUUACUCUACACGGAUAUCUCUUUAUAUUUCAAUACCUGCGAUCGGUCUUGAAACAGCAGGCUCAUCGGUCCUUGCAACCCAUAUUGCCCCUCUUCUCCUCACUUAUUUCCCUCCGGCCAAAGGCAUCGUACUAGGGUUCUCAGACCCGAUCCUGUCAGCUAAGCCUGGAUCUACCAUGAACAUACCUCUCACCGGCCCACAUUCUGCGGAUGUGCAGGAGGAAGGAGAAAUACUUGCUCGAACAUCCGAUGAGCUCGGAGUGUCUUGGGCAUGGUUGACUGUGACUUUGUUGGUCUUCCGACCCGAGAGAGGUGAUCCGCUACACGGAUGGACCAACGUGAGCUCAGAAGGAUUCGUGGGUUUGGUCAGCUACAACUACUUCCAGACGGCUGUGGGUAGCAGUCGAAUACCUGCGGACUGGAAGUGGAACGGUCCAACAAGAGAAGAUAUGAGAAACCACCGGAAGAAAGGCAGAAAGGGUAGGCUAGGAGGAGAUGAUGGUAACUCACAGGACCAGACGGGACAAGCAGAUGAGCCCAGCUACGCUGAAGUUGAAAACGAUCUUGGGACCUUCACCCAUCAGGACGGGACCAAGGUUGACGGUACUUUGCACUUCCGAGUGGUGGACACAGAAGUCGUACCAGCCCACGACCGUCACAAAUGGUCAUUACAGAUUGAUGGGACCUUGCUGGAUGAUGAGGCUGAGGAGCAUGCCCUAUCGGAAGAUCGGGCCAAAUUCGAACGGACGCAGCAACAUACCGGAUUACAAUUGCCAGGCGAUGGUAUGAUGACCCCGUUGAUGAGCGGAGCGCGGGUACAGAGUCGUGAAGAGAGUGUCAUGUCAAGAACAUCGAGGAUUCUGGCCACGUGA